ACUGGAGUUAUAGACGGUUGUGAGCUGCCAUAUGUACCUGGUGAUUCCUACUGUGGAGGAUGAAGACAUGGUCUGUUACACCACCCAGGUCCACUUCUCCCCCUCCAUCCUCUUAGAACAGGAACAGCAAACUUUUAUGGUUGCAUCAAUAGCCUCCUGCUACCAAACCAGACUUGAUCACAAAACUGGAAUAGAGAGCUGCGCCCUGGAUCAAGGACCCUGAUGGAUUAAAGUCAGGGAAAAGUCCCUCCCUAGGAGAAAGAAGAGGGUGGCGGUGAGAGAAGCCAACAGCCAUACUCAGGCCUCAGCUAUAGAGUCCAUCUCACACGCAGCCUCUGUGGAGGCAGGUAGCAUGCACUGCCCUCCCAGCAUGUGUGGAGGAGAAGUGGACGGACCCAGGAGUGUCAAGAGCACAUACAGGCCCCGUUCCAUUCAGAGGUCAUGGUUUGGGCAGUUUCCCUGGCUAGUCAUGGACUCCAAAGAGACCAAGCUGUUCUGCUCUGUGUGCAUAGAAAGACCAACUCUCCAUGACAAGUCGUCCCGCUUGGUCCAAGGUUACACUGGGCCAUUUAAAGUGGAAACUCUAAAAUACCAUGAGGUCAGUAAGGCGUACAAACUGUGCGUCAACACCGUGGAGGUCAGAGGUGACAGACCUCAGCCUGCCCUCAGCCCAGAGAUCUCCAGCGACCUCAUAGCUAACAUGGAGCCCUUCUUCAGUGCUUCCUACUCCACCGCCUACCACUCCAGGCCUCUGAACGACUUCCACAAGGUCUUGCAAAAGCUCCAGAAUACUGGCACCACACUGUUAGGCAAGUACCGGAACCGCACCACGUGCACCCAGUUCAUCAAGUGCAUCUCCAAGACUCUGAAGAAGGAAAUCCUCAGAGACAUCCGGAGCUCCCCGUGUGGGAGCCUGCUAUUGGACAACUGCGUGGACUCCUCCAGCCAGGCCUGCGUGGGGAUAUACAUGCGCUACUUGAAGCAGACAGGAGGUGAAGGAGUCCUACCUCACCCUGGCCCCUCUCUCCAGCGAGACUGCCCUGGAUGAGCUGGAGGUCCCUUUCCGGAAGCCUGACUGGGUGGUGGGGCUGGGGACUGAUGGUCCUGCCACGCUGGGCCACAAGGGAAGCCUCGUGAAAAAGUUCCGGGAGAUCAUCCCUCAGCUGCUGCCCGCGCACAGUGUGGCCCAUCGGCUGCACGUGGCCGUGGUGGAUGCUUGUGGUAACAUCGACCUGGUGAGGAAGUGUGACCGGCACAUCCGGACUGUCUUCAAGUUUUAUCAGUCCUCACACAAGAGGCUCGGUGAGCUGCAGGCUGUCGCAGCCCCGCUGGAGCAGGAAAUCCUUCGUCUGAAGGACUUGAGCGCCGUCAGGUGGGUGGCCAGCAAAAGGCGCACUCUGAAUGCGUUUGUCAUGAGCUGGCCUGCCCUGGCUAGGCACCUCCAGAGUGUGGUGGAGGCUGGGGACCAGGUUGGUCAGAGGGCCAAAGGCAUGCUGAAGCUGAUGAAGGGCUUCCAUUUCAUCAAGUUCUGCCACUUCAUUUUGGAUUUUCUGAGCAUCUAUGAGCCUCUGUCUGAGGUAUGCCAGAAGGCUCUUGCACUGGUCACAGAGCUGGAUUCGACUCUGGGGCGUGCCUAUGUGGCACUGGAGAGUCUCCGGCUAAAGGCAGGGCCUAAAGAAGAGGAGUUCAAUGCUGGCUUCCAGGACGGGCAGCUCCAUGGCAUCUUCCUGAACAGAGUAGAGAUGGCUGAGCAGCGAUUCCAGUCAGACAGGGAGAGGAUGAUCCUGAUGGGGGCUGAGUACCUCCAGCAGAGAUUUAGUGCAGACCGGCCCGCCCAGCUCAGGAACAUGGAGGUGUUAAACACCACGGCCUGGACUGGCGGCACCGAACUGGCCUGCUUUGGGAAUGAUGACAUUCUCAGCCUUGCCAAGUACUGUGCUCUUUCUCUCCCAGCGGGAUACAGCGAGGAAGCCCUGCUGAAGGAGUGGCAGAGCUUGAAAGCAGCCACCCAGAACCUUCCGUUCUCCAUGCUGUGUAAGUGCGCCCUGACUCAGCACUGCCAAUUCCCUCUGCUGAGCAGACUCGUGGCUGUGGUGGUCAGUGUGCCCAUCUCCACUUCCUGCUGUGCACGGGGGUUCAAGGCCAUGAGCAGGAUCAGGACGGAGGAGCGAACCAAACUCUCCAAUGAGGUGCUCGGCACACUCAUGAUGAAUGACAGCAGUGAGUGGUGUGGCGGUGCUCGGCACACUCAUGAUGACAGCAGUGAGUGGUGUGGCAGCUGCAGAGUAUGACCCUCAGCCAGCCAGCCAGCACUGGUAUCUGACCUCUUCAGGACGCCGCUUCAGCCACAUCUAUGCCUGUGCCCGGGAGCCUACCGGCUUCCAUGCCAAUAAGUACACAAGAUCAUUAGCAUGGGAAACAGAAAAGCCUCUUGUGCUUCCAGUCCCACACUGAGCCAGAGUCUAAGGGCCUGUGGAGUAUUGCAGAGUGCUUGAGCCCGAGACUCAGCCCCUA